AAACGAUUGGAGUUAUUCUCCCACCUGGUAAGCAUUCUCCACAAAAACCGCACUGAGUCGUUUUUUGAUGUGAAAAAUACGCAACUCUUGUCUACUUCGUAUUGACCCCGCGCUUGUUUCGCUUGUUCUACCCUGAUGUGAUAUUAUUCAGCGUUAAACUACAUCCCUGCGUUUUCAUAUGUAUCAUUCUUGAUUAUACUCGAACCACCCAUUAUAAAAAACCCUGAUCGACGACGGUUGUGACAACUCUAUUUCCUGUUUCUCAAAAGCAUGGUGCUCUUCAGCGACCAAAAUUUUCCGGACGUGACGAGAAGAAAACGAAACCUCCCUCUCAUGCCCGCGCUAAAGAACAAACCUGAAGAAGAAGCUACUUCGCCUCGUCCGAGAAAAGAUCAAGACUUGUCAGCAGCAGCAGCGGAGGAAGCCGAUCGUUUUUUUCUUGCAGGAGCCGUCGAAGCUGAAAAAUAUACGCACAACAAGGGUUCUCUGGAUAAUUUUACCGCGAUGACUCACGACCGGUGUUGUUGGAUCCAAAGGACCAGUAGACCAACAUCGUCAGCCAGUAUUUUUACAGCCGGAGCAGAAGUUGUGAUUUGCUGAUGAAAAUAGCGGAUAUUGGAAUUACACCACACGACACGACCUCAAGGCGACGCCCAGAUUCUUGGAGCAGCUUUUGACCAGUAUACCGAGGACAACCUCGAAAGCAGCGACGACUAAGUACAACCCAACGCGCAAUUGUGUAAGAUAAUACUUUACUACCCUGUGGUAUUUCCAGCGUGCUGCCUGUUCUCCAGUCAGAAGUGUAUCAGCCAAGGACGGAAAAAGCGCCGUCAACAAGGAGUUUUUCCAUACACGAUUUUUUCCAGAACAAUGGUGUCCAGCAUCGACCAUGACGGACUUUCCGCGCUGCAGCGCCAGAUUUCCCACGUCGACGUGGGGGAGAGAAUUCUCAGCGGGCGGGUGCAGCUGUUCCAUUUGGGUAGGAAUAUCCCCUCCUUCCAGUCCUUCGCCGGAUCGACGAACGACGUCAGUGAGGAGGUGUUUCACAGAUUCAAGCACCACUCACCCCUCGGACCGCUGAACAACCCCGCGAAUAAGGCGCUGCUGAAUCAUUUCAUACAGGUAUUUAGAGCCUAUGAUAUAUACCUACACAGGAGGCUCCUGUGUUUGAGUACCUACAAAGGACCACGAGGCUGUGUUUUAUUUUGCUGAUUCUCGAUAAUUGGAGUAGUUUUGCAUGGAAAUGAUCCUUGCUGCGCAUGAUGCAUGCACAACAUGAACAUUCCGCAGUAAAACUGUUUAUGGAAUGAAAUUUCAUACAUCAAAACCAAACCAGGUUCUCGGCAUCGUCUUCCCCGAAUACGACUACACCUCCCUCGCCCCCGACCGUUUCGAACCCCAGGACGACGGCUUGUACGUCGUGAACCAAAUCAACUGCAACUGUUUCUCACUAGCAGAGAGACAACAAGCGGGAUUCAUUAACCGCUUUUGGCAGGUGAUAAGAGACGUUAUCGACAUCGGGAAGUGCAAGGUGUUUCUGUACAAACCGGAGUCCCUCGACGAGAUCCCGCACACGCCGCUGUUCUCCUUCUUUUACUUCUUUCUGGACCAGAAAGACAAGAAGCUGCUGUUUCUGUUCGGGUCAACUAGGUCCAAGUACCAGGGGGUCUUGCGGAACGACGAUUUGUCCGACAUUUCCGACGGUGUUGGAUCCUCUUCCCAAGGAAUGAUGUCAGAUGACUACGCAAGUAGCAGCGGAUUGAGUACGAACGGAGGUGGCGGAUCUUCUACCUCUGGUUUAAACCACCAGAACAGGUCCAGGUAUCGACAAAGUAGACGCAUAUGCAUUGCAAAUAUGUCUGGGUCUGGAAAGUUGGAACUUGUAAUGCUGGCCUUACAUUCCUAUAAAAUCUGUAUUGCAUGACUAACAAAAGUCGUAGCCUCUCUUGUCAUACAAAAACGCAAUUUGUCAUGCGGAGGGCGGAUGAGAAAGCGUCCUGCAAACUUGUCAUGCUCUGCUACAUAAGGAAGUGUGUUCCUUAUGCACAUUUUAGCAUCACAAAUUGCCAGACCCAGACAUAUUUGCAUUUGAUAGCGCAGCAGCUACAGCAAAAGAGGGAGUAGAAACAACGCGAACAGCUCGUCGGGAGGCGGAUUCGGUGGAAACAACAGCAGUAGUGCGCAAGAACAGUUGAUGUCUUCGUCCGCUGGCGUCUAUCAAAUGCAACAAUGUCUCGAUCUAGAACAGUGGAACUUGUGAUGCGUUUCUUGUAUUCCCGGAAAAUCUGUGUUGCAUGAUGAGCAGCAAAAGUAAAAGAGGGGCUUGCUUUGUCGUGCAAAAACGCAAUUUGUGAUGCGUGGUAGGCAUCAGCAGGCGUCUCUAAAACUUGUCAGGUUGCUUGGCUGCCAUUGCAAGCGCUUCAAUCAUGCUUAAUUCAGCAUCGCAGACUUCCAGACCCAGACAUAUUUGCAAUCCAUAGCGUGAGUAGAUACGGCUUUGUGCACACGACCUCGACCUCGAGCACCGGCGCGUCGGGGGGCGCGGGGAGUGAUCUGAACCACAACUCGGAGAGGACGAAUACUUCUGCCAGAGCAGCUACGAGAGGACGUGCCGCCGGCCGGGGCGCAGGAACAAGCGCGAGUGCGAAUAAUUUCGCUGGUGUACUAGCCGCAGCCGAGUGUAGUAGUCACAUCGCGGAAACGUAUCCUGAGUAAAAACGUCCCCACCCCAUAGUUGUCAUGCAGUUCUGCAUGCUGAAAAUGUUUCUCAUGCGGAGCCCCAUGAGAAGCAUUUUCUAGUCGUGUUGUGGAAUUUGUGAUGCUAGAAUCAGCAUGAUGUGCUAGAUCUGUGAUGCUGCUGAACUAGCUAAAGAGGAUCAGGCUACGAGGAUAAACUUGUCAUGCAUAACUCCCAAAACUUGGAGAUUUGUAUUGCAGAUCUGCCUACUUGACUAUGGUGUGGGGACGUUUUUUCUCAUAAUAAAACCGGCUCUUUGUAUAACCACCACCACCGAGGACUUCAGCAUCUGAACGCGCCGAUCAUACCCGCCAUUCUGGGCCACGAUCACUACCCGAACCGGCUCGCGUAUGGGGGUGCCAGGAUUUGGAAUUGACAAAGUUGAAAAUAAAUUUGUGAUGCAUAAAACCGAUACCUCCAGUUGGAAGCCCAAUUUCCAAGCGGUAUGCAUGACAAAUUUCGGCACCGUCUAAAUCCACUUCGUCAUGUUGUUUGCGGACAGAGGGCGUCUUUUGUCAUGCUACUUUCGCAGCUCUAUCGCAGACCCCAAACAGGCUGACCGUCGGCCUCGCUUGCCAUCCCUGCAAGAGAGGCUCUUCUUGCAUUGCAAUUUACGCAUGAGGAAUUGUUGCAAGUUUGUCGACUUCAAUCCUGACGCUAGUAUAUCGCGUCGCAGUCCGAAGACAUGAUCUCGGACUCCUCCAACAUGUCCAUGCGGAGCUCCCCCAACUCCUCCGGCGGGUUCCAGGGCGAUUUAUUCUGCGUAAAAACGCCCCCACCCCACAGUCAAGAUGGGAAAUGUGCUAGACAAAUCAACAAGCUUUCGUUGUUUCGCAUGACAAGUUUGUCCGCAUAGUGUGAUCCUGUUUAGCUAGUUCCAUUAGCAUCACAGAUCUAGCAUAUCAUGCUGAUCCGAGCAUCACAAAUUACGAAACACGACUAGGAAAGGCUUUUCAUGGGGCUCCGCAUGAGAAAUAUUUUCAGCAUGCAGAUUUGCAUUACAACUAUGGGCUGGGGACGUUUUUACAGAGGAUGGGAUUACGGCUUCCAGUACGUUUCGGACGACAGCGAAGGCAGCGCCGGGGAAGACGCCAGCGGCCAGAGGAGCGGCCAGUUGAAAGGAUGAUUAUAAAGCGCGGUGCUUUAUUUACAUUUUAUUUGAUGCUUGCGCGUUAGGCUCUUGUUUGAAAUUGUGUUCUUGGCCGGGUGGCACUGUAUAGUUCUAGUUUCGGCCUGCCAUGAUGUGGCCGCUUGAUGGCGGAUUUCGAGCUGCUGCGU